AUGCCUCAAUUGGACGAUCGCGACGACAAAAGCCAUGUCCAAGCCGAUGUCCCAAUUACCUGUGCGACGGAUGAACAGGCGCCCAACUUGAAAGAAGCCACAAGUUGGCAGAUGAGUGUACUCAUUGUUCUCUCCGCGCACUUUGUCGUGAUGAACACAUCCGGCUUCCUCAACUCUUUCGGCGCACUACAAAGCCACUUUGUCCAAGAGUUUGGCGAGUCUGCCUCGACAGUCUCAUGGAUUGGUUCAACCCAGAUAUUUCUGUACUUCUUUCUAGGAAUUUUCUCAGGUCGUUUAACCGACAUAGGGUACUUCCGUGUCACCUUUCUUGCUGGCUCUCUAGCUAUGGUUAUUGGCAUCUUUGCUUCCUCAUUUGGGUCAAAGUUCUGGGUCAUGUUCCUCACACUUGGCGUUGGCGUUGGCUUGGGUAACGGUCUGAUGUCAUGCCCAAUGCUGGCAGUCGUAUCCCAAUACUUUUCUGAAAGACGUGGGCUGGCUAUUGGUGUUGCUAUGUGCGGAGCUUGUACCGGUGGUGUUGUCUAUUCUGGUCUCAUGCGCCAAUUGAUACCUCGACUCGGCUUUUCUUGGACCAUGAGAGUCAUCGCAUUGAUUCAGUUUGUUACAUUGGCUUUUGUAAACAUUUGUUUGCGACCCAGGACUAAAGGGAAGAAGAGCCCCGAUUGGAUUGACUGGACAGCAUUUCGAGAUACUCGCUUCAAUAAUUAUGCUGUCGCAACAUUCAUGUCACUUCUGGGAUUAUACAUCUCCAUCUUCUACGUCGUCGACUUUUCUCGAACCUCCAUCUCGCCACCGUUCUCUUAUCAAGAUUCACUGAACCUUCUUCUCGUUUUUAAUGCUGUCAACUUGAUCGGACGUCUGGGUUCGGGGUUUAUUGCUGACAAAGUUGGCAUCUUGGUAAUUUUCGUUCCCGUCAUAGCUUCAACCGCUGUCAUUCUGCUAUCGUGGAUUGCAGUGAACACAGCAGUAGCUAUGUACGUCUGGACUGUUUUCUGUGGGAUACUUUCCGGGGGCAUACAGAGUCUCUUCCCAGCUGGACUGGGUUAUCUCACUGCAGAUGCAGAGAAACCCGGUACACGAAUGGGUAUGGUUUUUGGACUUGGUAGCAUUGCAAGUCUGGUUGGAGCUCCUAUAGGAGGAGCCUUGAUUGGAGCAAUGAAUGGGAGAUACAUGGGUGCACAAAUAUUUGCGGGUGUUACUAUGGCUGUGGCUGCGAUCUUUCUCGAAACUAGUAGAAGGGCGGAUGUCAGUCGAGGCAAAGACAUGGAGGAUUAG